AUGGCCUCUGAAAAGAAAGAAGAUAGAGCUCCAAAAUUAAGUGAAAAGGAGAAAAAGAAAGAAGAAGAAUCAAGUUCAAGUGAUUCAUCAUCAUCAAGCUCUUCAAGCUCUUCAAGUUCCUCAAGUUCCUCAAGUUCUUCAAGUUCUAGCAGCUCAAGUGAUUCUUCAUCUAGCGACUCAUCCAGCAGCUCCAGCUCCAGUUCCAGUUCUAGCAGCUCCAGUGACUCAUCUUCUUCUUCAUCUAGCAGUUCCAGUUCUAGUUCAUCCGAUUCCGAUUCUGAUUCUAGUUCCUCCGAUUCUGAUUCUAGUUCCUCCGAUUCUAGUUCUUCUAGUUCCUCCGAUUCUAGCUCAAGCUCUUCAGACUCAGACUCAGACUCAGACUCUAGUUCCAGUUCUAGCUCAAGCUCUUCAGACUCUAGUUCCAGCUCCAGUUCUUCAGAUUCAGAUUCAGACUCUAGCUCCAGCUCUAGCUCCAGCUCCAGCUCUUCUGAUUCUGAUUCGGACUCAGACUCAGACUCUAGCAGCAGCAGCAGCAGCAGCAGCAGUGAUUCUGAUUCUAGUAGUAGUUCAAGUGAUUCCGAUUCUAGCAGCAGUUCCAGUGAAUCCGAAACUGAAGAUAAUAAAAGAAAAAUUGAAGAAUUACCAGAAAAUUCUGAAGAACAAUCAAGUAAAGAAACUAGUAUAGAACCUAGUGAUAAUGAUUACAAUAAGAGACAAAAAUUGAAUAUAUCGGCUGGUUCAGAUGAUCUUAAAGAUGGUCAAAGAAGACACUUUUCAAGAAUUGAAAGAUCUAAAAUUUCGUUUGAAGCUUGGGAAUUAACUGACAAUACAUACAAAGGUGCCGCUGGUACUUGGGGUGAAAUGGCAAAUGAUAAAUUAGGAAGAGUUAGAGGUAAAGAUUUCACAAAGAAUAAAAAUAAGAUGAAAAGAGGUGGUUACAGAGGUGGUUCAAUUACCCUUGAAAGUGGUUCCUACAAAUUCACCGAUUAA